UUUGGCUCUUGAGCACAGAAUUAUUUAGAUUUUUUAGAUUUUUUUUGUGAUUAUCACUCAUCUGAUAAACCUUACAGUCAGCAGUUUCGUGAUUUCCUGAACAGUGUGAUUCAUCAUGAAGCUGGAGGUGCCAAAUAACUUUGAAGAUGUUGCUGUUGAGUUUUCAAGUGAGGAGUGGAAGAUGCUGAGUGAACAUGACAAAGAGUUACACCGGGAGGUGAUGGUACAGAACUAUGAGAACAUGAUUUUUUUAGGUUAUAACAUCCCAUUAUAUGAACUUCUGUUACUUCUUAUGAAAGAUGAAACAAUUCCAGCUGCUGAGACUGAAAGAAGAACAGUGCAACAAAGGCAACUUCCUGGUAACAGAAUCAGCAUGACCAGAAAUGUAGAAACCAGAAUCAUCCAGAGUCUGCAGUUAUCCUAUGGGAAACUCCAGGAUGCAGAAUGUUUACGAGCUCUGCCUGAUGAGAUGUUUAUCAUAAGGCAAGACCCAGUGAAGAUGGAAACAAGGCAUGGUAACUGUAAACAAAGUAAUGAGGACUUUGUCAUGAAAACUGAAUUAGAAAAGCAUCUGCAAAUUGAAUCAGAAGAAAUGCCAUGUAGCCAGCUUAAUCAUAGCAACAGUCUAGCAUUUGGUAGUAACAGUGUAACUGGUCAUCAACUUGACAGUGGGGAAAGGCAAAAGAAUACCUCACCAACACAUAAAGAAAUGCCAAUUAGGCAAACUUUGCAUAAAGGUGCUAUGAAUGCCAAAGGUUUUAUAGGUCGAAAAACCUUAGCACUGCAAAAGCUUAUUAGUACCGAUCAGAAUCCCUUUAAUGCAUGUGGCCAAAGUUUUACACAGAAUAGUGACAUAACAGUACUUCCGGGUGCCCAUGUUUGGCAAAAUGAUCAUCAGAGUAUCCAUACUAGCCUAAAACCCUAUAAAUGUACCACAUGUGACAAGAGUUUUGCAUACAAAGGCAAUAUGGUGAGUCAUCAGAGGAAAUACUGCGGGCAGAAGCCAUAUAAAUGCACCAUGUGUGACAAGAGUUUUGUACAGAAGAGUCAAUUGGUAUACCAUCAGAAUGUGCAUACUGGGCAGAAACCAUAUAAAUGUACCACGUGUGACAAGAGUUUUGUAAAGAAUAGUUAUAUGGUGAGACAUCAGUAUGUCCAUAAUGGCCAGAAGCCAUUUAAAUGUACCAUGUGUGACAAGAGUUUUAUACAGAAAAAACAACUGGUACAUCAUCAGAAGAUGCAUACAGCACAGAAACCAUAUAAAUGCACCAUGUGUGACAAGAGUUUUGGGAACAAAAGUCAAAUAGUAUACCAUCAGAAUGUGCAUACUGGGCAGAAACCAUUUAAAUGUACCACGUGUGACAAGAGUUUUGUAAAGAAGAGUUGCUUGGUGACACACCAGUAUAUCCAUAGUGAGCAGAAGCCUUAUAAAUGUGCAAUUUGUGACAAGAGUUUUGUACAGAAGAUGUGCUUGGUGAGACAUCAGUAUUGUCACAGUGGGCAGAAGCCAUAUAAAUGCACCAUGUGUGACAAGAGUUUUGUGGAGAAGUGUCAACUGAUAUACCAUCAGAGUGUGCAUACUGGGCGGAAACCAUAUAAAUGUACCACGUGUGACAAGAGUUUUGUAAAGAAAAGUCUCUUGGUGACACAUCAAUAUAUCCACAGUGCACAGAAGCCUUAUAAAUGUACAAUUUGUGACAAGGGUUUUGUACGGAAGUGUGGCUUGGUGAGACAUCAGUAUACCCAUAGUGCUCAGAAGCCAUAUAAAUGCUCCAUGUGUGACAAGAGUUUUGGAUACAAAAACAAUAUGGUGGCUCAUCAGAGGAGCCACAGUGGGCAGAAGCCAUAUAAAUGCUCCAUGUGUGACAAGAGUUUUGUAUACAGAAACAAUAUGGUGGCUCAUCAGAGGAUCCACAGUGGGCAGACAUCCGGGGGUCUGGAUGGAGAGAUGAAAACUCAGCAAAUUUAA